CCUGAGCCCUAAGGAGACCAGACAAACUUUAAACAAAAGGCAAGGCUCUGAGGGUAAGGCUGUAGCCUUUCCUUGGACUACAGCUAUGGAGGAACAAAGAAAUGGGAAGAAGUCGGAAACUGGCUGUAGCAAGUCAGUUCCUGAUACUCAAAAAAGGGGUCUAACAUGCGAUCCCGCUAAUGAGGAGGACUUUGUGGUGCUCGAGAAGGAUGAAACUUGGCUGUCUUCUGAUGGAGAAAAUAAUACUUUUGGCAACAGGAUAAGAACAGAGAAUCUUCAAUCAUCUAUUAAAAGAAGAGUUGAGGCAGACGCUUCUGCGACCUGCAGUGAUGAUAACCUUCCACAACCUUCCUGGAAUACCCCUCAAGGAAAGGGGUAUGAGAAUAAAAGCAGAAGAACUCCUGACACACUUUUAGUCACGACUGACAGCAUGGAAGCACGUGCUUCAACCGCUGCCUGUUUUGAGAGCGAAAUGGGUCAGCAUUUAGCUGAAGUGACAGGCAGCAGGUGUCAGCUAAAAGGAGUCAGUCAUGUUGGAGCUGCCCACACUGAGACAACUGGGAGAGGAAAAGCAGAGAGGGAGCAAAACGUGACUAACCACAGCAAAGGGCAAGUUUCUACUCACAUGAGCGAGGCGCACAUGUCAACACAAAAUAACAGCGGGUUUGUGAAAAGAUUGAGAAAGAGCACUAGUGAUUUGGAAAAUGUGCUUGGUGAAGCAGGCCGUUUGAUUACACAGGAAGAGGGGAGUGGGGAGAGAGCUGUCACAUCAGACUGGGAACCAUACUUGGAGAAAGUAUAUCCUUCUUUAAGAAAAUCACAAAAUCAAGAUAAGGAGAGCCACAAUUCUGGAUUUAUUGCACAAAAAACAGAAGUUGAUCAGUCCUAUCAGAACAGGUUUGCUGGUGCCGUCUCAAAGAGGGCUAAAGAAGGCGUUCUUAUUUCAUGCACCAAGUCAGAGGACGGCCAAGCAUUCGGUACAGCAGCAGACUCUCACCCCCCAAAGGCCGAGCCCCCUAGCUCUGAAAUACCCCAACCGCAAGACAGUUGCUCAUUUUUAUUGGAACAAUGCAAUGAGAUCCCUUGUCUUCCUCUGUCAGGGAAUGAAAGCUGUGAUGGAAAGAUAGAGAUAGCAAGCUUAAAGAGGGAGAGUGAGCUUGUUUGCUUCUCUGCUGUCAUCACCCCUCCACCUUUAACUCAUCUGUUGCCUAAGAAAGACAGAGUGGCACCACAACUCGAUACCAGUAUGGCCAAUUCACAGAUGGUGCCAGACGCCACGCUGACCUCAUGUGAUUCGAAAGAUGAGUCUAUGCCAAAAGAAAAGCCCAAAGUCAAAGGUCCACCUCCACCUGUCCCCAAAAAACCUAAAAACCCAUUCAUAAGGCUCAAAACUGCACAAUUAAUGUCUACUGAUGUGCAAAGAAGAGGCAAAGAUCAUCUGCGUUCUGAGGAGAGGGUCAAGAGGAGACACACUUUUCACUUUAACAAAGAUCUUCCAUCUUACGCUCCCACUAAUCAGGACAUGUGCUUGAUGUGGGAGGAAAGAGGCACUUACAACGUGCCAACCAACAUGCGACGGCUGUCAGCUGACUUUGGCCCUUGGCAACAUCUUUCACUAGGAGACAUAGAUGAUCAGUAUGGAGAUAUGAUCAACUAUGACUACUGUGUGCGCAUGGCACAGCUGUCCCCGGAUGAAGAGCCGCAAAACCUGGACAUGUCGCAGAGAAAGAUAUUCCUGGGGAGACGGUCCAGAUAUAAAAGCUCACCUCCUCCUGUUGCAAAAAAGUCCCACAAUCCGUUUGUGUCCACAGAUACACACGUACCAGAGGUCAUGAUGGACAAAGAAACCCAAAGACCAAAACCUGCUUGUUCAGGGAAAAGAGAUAUAUACUCUGAGUUCCAAUCUGAGGGAGUCAGCAAACAGGUCGGCAAAGACAACCAUGCUAACUAUGGUUACCGUAAAGAUGUGACCGAUCACAGUAGUGACAGGGAUGCAGGAACUGGCAGUGAGGUGGGUUCCUACAAGCCUGUGGCAGAAAUUAUCAGGGAAACAAAUCAAAUGCAGAGACAUCAGGGUCAGGUCAAACCUGAAGGGGCCAAAGCUCAGGUUCGAGUGGCAGAGCCGAGUCCAAGUGUGAAAGUAUCCCAAAUGAAGAAUGCCUUUGAUGUCCCAAAGAAAUCCAAAGAGAGACCACCAGAAGUUCAACCACCUCCAAAGAAAGAUAUGUUGCGGCGAGUUGUGCGACAGAGCAAGUUCCGUCACGUCUUUGGUCAGGCCGUGAGGAACGACCAGUGCUACGAUGACAUCCGUGUCUCCAGGGUCACAUGGGACAGCUCCUUCUGUGCCGUCAACCCCAAGUUUGUUGCCAUCAUCAUAGAUGCCAGCGGGGGAGGAGCUUUUCUUGUCCUUCCUCUACAAAAGACUGGCCGUAUAGACAAGGUCUACCCGACAGUAUGUGGUCACACGGGCCCAGUGUUGGACAUCGACUGGUGUCCUCACAAUGACCUCGUAAUUGCGAGCGGUUCGGAGGACUGCACGGUCAUGGUCUGGCAGAUCCCUGAGAACGGGCUGGAGACCCCCCUUUCAGAGCCUGUGGUCGUGUUAGAGGGCCACUCUAAGAGGGUUGGCAUCGUGUCUUGGCAUCCCACCGCGCGCAACGUUCUCCUCAGUGCAGGUUGUGACAACCAGAUCAUCAUCUGGAAUGUGGGCACGGGAGAGGCCAUGAUCAACCUGGAGGACAUGCACCCCGAUGUUAUCUUUAGCGUCAGCUGGAGCCGCAAUGGCAGCCUACUCUGCACCGCCUGCAAGGACAAGAAGGUCCGUGUCAUCGACCCCCGUAAGAAAAAGAUUGUGGCGGAGAAGGACAAAGCCCACGAGGGAGCUCGACCAAUGAGAGCAAUCUUUUUAGCAGACGGAAACAUUUUCACCACUGGAUUCAGCCGCAUGAGCGAGCGCCAGCUAGCCCUGUGGAAAAGUGACAACAUGGAUGAGCCAAUAUGUGUUCAAGAGAUGGACACCAGUAACGGAGUUCUGCUGCCCUUCUAUGACCCCGAUACCAAUAUAGUCUACCUGUGUGGAAAGGGUGACAGCAGCAUUCGAUACUUUGAGAUCACCGAUGAGGCGCCGUUUGUUCACUACCUCAACACCUUUUCCACCAAGGAGCCCCAGAGGGGCAUGGGAUACAUGCCCAAAAGAGGCCUGGAUGUCAACAAAUGUGAAAUUGCAAGGUUUUACAAAUUACAUGAGAGAAAAUGUGAACCGAUCAUCAUGACAGUCCCACGUAAGUCGGAUCUGUUCCAGGACGACCUCUACCCAGACACAGCCGGCCCCGAUCCUGCCCUGGAGGCAGAGGAGUGGUUUGCCGGCAAGAACGGAGGCCCCAUCCUCAUCUCCCUCAAAGACGGCUACGUCUCCACAAAGAACCGCGAUCUGAAAGUGGUCAAGACGAACGUCCUGGAGAGCAAGCCAGCCACAAAAUCAGAGAACAUCUCAACUGUCCAGAAGCACGCUUCUCCACAACCCUCAGCAAAAAUGGAAGAUAAACUGGAAGAGGUACUCCGCGAGUUCAAGUCACUCAGGGACCGUGUCAUCCUUCAAGACCGUCGAAUCGCCAGACUGGAAGAGCAGGUUGCCAAGGUUGCCAUGUAAGAAGCGACCCCUGCCCUGGACCGCUGGUUGUUUUGGAGAGAAUCGAAUGGACGGGGUCAGCAAAGGGCCAAAUUCUCAAGAUUUCGGCUUCAUUUAGCUUGGCGUCAUCCCUGUGAUGAGUCCAGGCCUACAUUCCAAGAUGAACUUUAUUUUUCCUCAUCAAGCCUCGAGUUUCACACUUUGCCCUGACACACACUGAGAAAAGGAAAAACUCUUUCAGCUCAUGUACACGUUUGAAGAAAAGACAUUUUUGUUGAAGGAAAAGUCUUAACUUUUUUUUUGUUUUCAAAUAGUGGUAAAACAUUCUUAUGUGAAGUUUGUACUUACUACUCAAAAAGUGUAUGUAGCAUCAGUAUUUCCAUUGUUCUUUUUUGUGUUGCCAAAUAUGAAUCGUGUGCGGUUUCAUGCACUGCUUUUUACAUUUAUUUUCUCUCCUGUUGUACAUUCCAGUCACAACCUGAUAGAAUGAGUUAGUCAAGCUGGAAUUUUUAGCUGUUGAACUUUUUUCUUCCCACCAGUUUGCUCGUUGAUAACCAUCAGAUUUAUGAAUGUGGAAGAAUUCCUUCUGAAACAUUUCGUUCCUGUUCUUCUUGGAUUGAACUUUAACAUUGGGUUUUAAUGGGGAGGGGGGAGGGGGGGUUGCAUCUCUCUGGUGUAAAUGUUGUGCAAAUGUAGUGGUGCCUCCUGUCACUGUUAAGGGUCGAACUAGAGUCGCCCUCUCCAGUGCAUAUUUGGUGUUGGGAAGGGACCACUCACCCAGCUUGUGUUUCACUGAACCCCUGACAAACAAUUCUGUGCACAUAAUAAAGAUUUUACACAUG